GAUUCACUGAUGGUCGAACCUCAUGGGUCUGUUGUUUAUCCUGGCCAGUCUGGGAGCAAUGCAUCCCCCUCUGAGUUAAAGGGUAUUCCAAAAGCGGCUUUUAUGGAAGAUGUCGACGAGUACAUGAAGGCGAAUAAUUUUACUACGCUGAUGGACGCUGGACGUUCGUUUGAGGAAUUGUAUCAGAAAUACAAAAUGAUUGAACAAGCCUUACUCCAACGAAAGAUCCGUUUAAUGCAACAAUUACCUGACAUACAGAAGACAUUGGCAGUAGUUCGGCAGUUGCAGAAGAAAAGUUCCGAUGUGGAUGUUACAUUCGAGGUUUCUAGUCAGUUGUUUGCUCGUGCACACAUUCCCAAAGCCGAUCGGGUCGGUUUAUGGCUGGGGGCCAAUGUGAUGCUUGAAUACGACCUGGAGGAAGCCGAUAAAAUUCUAGUCGAAAACGAACAGUCCGCGAAACAAUCUUUACUUGAUGUCGAUCGAACACUGGAGUAUUUGAAGGAGCAGACCACCACAGUCGAAGUCAACCUUGCUCGGUUGCAUAACUUAUCCGUGAAGCGUGGCAAACAGAACAAAGCCGGAACUGUUAGUACUUGAUUCCUUCCCAUGUUGUUGAAUGCGCCACCCAUCUACCAGUGUUAAUGGUCAUUUAUCUCUGAGGUCACGGAUCAAAGUGUAUUUUGUUCUACAUGAACCGUGAUUUGGGAACCGAUUACAUUUGUGUUCACCAAGUAUUGUUUGACUCACGAGUCCGCCACCCCCUUUUGUCUAUCAGUUGUAUUUUACAUUACCCAUAGUCCGCACGCGUUCUGAUAAAGUGUAUGCAUGGAUCCUUUUUCUUCUUUUUUGUCGACCGCUGAUAGAAAGCAUUACACGCCUGUUUUGUACUCCGGAGGUAACCGGUUCGAAUCCGUGUCGUUUCAGGCGGCCUCGCGGUAUAUUCAGCCCACGCGCAACUGGCGGUGUUCGAAUGGCAGCGAAACGCCGUCAGGAUUUGCUGGCGUAUUGCUGAUGCCUUUUUAUUGUUUCUUUUAGAAUUUCACAUUGCCGUUUGUUCGGUGAAUAUCAUCGUCACCACACACAUGUUUCGCGCGUGUGCUGCGGUACCUGCUCCGGUCGGAAGAGUGAAUAUUCGGUGUUGGCCGAUCUGCAUCGAUCGCGUGCUUGUCGGAGGAGCUGCGGUAAUGC